CUGGUGACAAUUGGGGUCGAUUCUCGGACACGGCUAACGUAGGUGGCGAGUGAUAUAUGAACCGGUCCUGGGCUCACCUUUCACCAACCCGCACUGACCAGCGUGGUGAAAUAUGGUCAAUUAACCCCCAUAACCGACAAGGCGUGAUGAGGCUUUCAGUGUCGGAUUAAUCAUUGACGUGAAUGUAGAUGUCUACGUUGUUAUCAAUGAGCACGGCAGGGUGGCGGCGCAGUUGUAAUAAUCGCACAUCACAGCAUGAAGGUAUUAUGCUCAAGUCCCAACUUGGGCGCCUUUCUGCGUACGAUGUGUAUGUGCUCCCCUUGUCUGCGUGGGUUCCCUCCGGGUUCUCCGGUUUCGCGGCAUAGAUGACCAACACAAAUGUAACCGCUGUGGGCCGAACUUCCCAAUCCUGUACAAUUAGCGAACAAUCAUUCAAUUUGAAUUAUACUCAGCAGCAGCAGCAACAUCGCCCUCUACCGCGAAAACCUGGCAGGACCCUCGUGAAAAAAGAGGCUUGAGACUCGGUGAGGCUUCGCUGGCUAAACGAGCGGAAUCGAGAACGAAAAUAAAACUCGUCCACUCGGGCGCGCCUUCGGAUGGACGAGCACGAGUGGUGACACAGCAGCGCGCAGGAGCGGGGCAGUCGGGACAUUGAGCACGAAAUAUGAACCAUUGACACCAAACGUGACGAGUUGGCGCCGCAUCAUGACAUAUCGACUCGACACGAACAAAGUACUCGGCGACUGUGCGAGCGCGUUGCGACCCGGACGAUCACUGCAACGCGCGUGUCACCCUUUGGGCUGUGAAGUCCCAGGCUCCUCGCGCGCGCGUGGUUAUGGAUUCAGCACCCCCCCCCUCCCCACGAGCGCGCGACACGGGGCGCGCGCUCCUUCUCGGGACCCAGCGCAAAGAUAAAGCGGUUAAAUGCCCCACACCACGCACUCACACUGGAAACACUAAAUAACUAAAUAUGUGGUCCGACGUCAUGGCUAGGGGGAGCCAAUGGAGGGCGCCGGGUGAUGGAUGACGGCUGCCCGCGCCUCAAAACCGCGGCCCCGCUCUGCACUCGCCUGGGACUCUUCCUCGCCACCACUCUUCCCGACCACUCUUCUCGGCCUCUCGGCCCUAUGACCCCUGUACUCUAGGGCCUCCGGGAGCGCGCUGCGGCAGCCACGGGAACCGUGACCCCCACCUCCUCUUCCUCCUCCCAGUGGGAAGGUGCGAUGCCUUACAGUGAGCUCCGCGUGGAGCCAGCCUCUUAGAAGCUGCCCAGGGAAGCUCUCAACUCUUGUGAAGCUGCGGGGCGGAGGUGGCCCUCUCGCUGGGCUCUCCGCUCCCCGCUCUCUCAGCUCGCCGCUCGCUCCCGAGGAUUUGCGCCGCGCGAUGUCCUCGAAGAUGGCCUCCCAGGGCAGCGCUCUGACGCCCUUCUCCAUCCAGGACAUCCUCACUCGCAAGGACGACGCGCGCGGGCCCGGACCCAGCGACAGGGUGCACGCCAUGCUGGCGGGCAGGGCGUUCAUGCAGCACCUGCAGGACGGUGGCAGCGCCGGGGCAGGCGGGAUCGGGCUGGCGCCUCCCGCGGGGCGUUGCCUCGCCCAGCAGCAGCCGCCGCCGCUGCUGCUGCUUCCCCCGGCGAGGGGCGCGCGCCGCUCCCCGCUCGGGCUUCCCGCAAUCGGCGCGCCGCUGCGCUCCCCCUGCGGCCUCGGCUUCGCGCGGCUCAGCCCCUCGGCGGACGGGGAGAGCGAGGGACACGGGGGGCUCAGCUCCCCCGAGAGCCAUAACGGGGACGAGAGACCGCGCGCGGGCAGCGGCUGCAGCGCGAGCUGCAUCGCAGAGGACAUCGCGGCGGCCGCCGAGUUCUGCGACAGCGAGCGACUCUGCGGCUCCAUGGACGAGGACGACGACGCCGGCCCCGCCUCCGGGGACAGACUCAGCCCGGGCGCCGAGCCGCCGCUGGCUGAGGGAGGUGCCGUGGUGCUGGGGGGCAGCACCGGGCCCCCCGCGGAGAUGCCGCUGCUCACGCCGCAAGCGAAGCCGCGCAAGAAGCGCUCCCGCGCCGCCUUCUCGCACGCGCAGGUGUUCGAGUUGGAGCGGCGCUUCAACCAGCAGCGCUACCUGUCGGGCCCCGAGCGGGCCGACCUGGCCGCGGCGCUCAAACUCACGGAGACCCAGGUGAAGAUCUGGUUCCAGAACCGACGCUACAAGACCAAGCGGCGGCAGCUGGGCCUGGGGCCCGCAGGCGCGUCCGAGCUUCACGCCGGAGGAGGUGGUGGUGGUGGUGGUGGAGGAGGUGCCGGUGGAGGAGGCGGUAGCGCCAAAAAGGUGGCCGUGAAGGUGCUGGUGCGAGACGACCAGAGGCUGCAGCAGCACCACCACCACCAGCAGCAGCAGCACCAUUACGGCGCGGCGGAGAGCCUCGCCUUCCCGCCCUCGCUGGCGCUCUACCAGACUCUGCGCUACUUCCCCGCGCCGUACGCGCUGCAGCACGCGUGGCCGGCCUCCCUUCUGCAGCCCGCGCUCCUGCGCCGUCAGCCGUCGCCGUGAAGCGCGGCCACGCCGCCUCGGCUCAAUCGCGGACACCUCCCGGUCACUGGCGGGGGACAAACAAUAACACAUUGUGAGCGCUCGCGGGCGUGAGCCACCCGGAGGCGAAUCCCGGAGUCCACCCCCCACCGCCCUUUCCCCCCGGACUGCUCAGAGCGGAGGUUUGUCUCGGUUGCUGGCGGACGCUGGGACUCGAUGUUGAGACUCGGCUCGGAACGGCAGCCUCGCUCCAGGUGCGUGCCUGCGUGUUCUGGUGUCGCGGGUAACGCGCUGACUCACCGCGUCUCCGGUGUCCUCAAAUAAACAAUUAAACGAGCGAACAAUACGCCUCCUUCCGAUAGUCGUCCCUCAACAUCACGAAAUAGAGCGGCGUCUCUUUGACGCAUUCCUUAAGCCACGGGGCCCCGUGCUGAGCGGCGUGCAUAAUGUCAAGGGGGGUUCAAUAGGAACAAACGCCGGACCGAUGUGGACGUUCAGUGCCUAACGAACAGUCAAACUUGCUUGAACCAAUGCUGCUGAAUUCAAAAUAACGUCCAAUCCUUAAGCAACCUCAUGCUGGAUGAAGGCCUCUCCCACCCCGCCUGCUGUGUCGGACACGGGUGGUGGUUUGACCAUACUUCGCCACGCUGGUCAGUGUGGUUUUGUCUAUAAACGGCGCAGAUAUCGCUCACCGUGAACCGGAACCGAACUCAGGGGUGCAGGUUCACAGCGCAGCGCGCUAUCUCCUGCACCGCCGCUAGUACCGUUCGCUGCGAUAACAAUGCUCUCCGGAUAUCCAUUCAAACGGAUACAGUACUGUAUACACAUACACGCAUCUUUUUUUAGUAAGUAUCCCGUCCAAGAUCAGGACAAACAUCGACGCGUUCAGCGUGCAAGCGGAUGACGGUGAAACGGCUCAGGAUCCCUGUCUGUCGGAUACCGGAGAGGCGGCGAGCGAGAUUUGACGCGCAGUUGGGGCUCGCGGGGCGCGGACCCCGCAAACUCUCGGCUCUGCGGCCCCAGCGCGUCUGAUACGUCGUGCUCUGUAGAAUGCGAACUUCACCCGUGCUCGUGUGUACAUAUUUGAUUCGUGUUUAAAUCGAAAAGCACGUUAUGUUAUAUAUAUAAAAAAAUAACUGUAAUAUAUACAUAAUGUGUAUACGGCGCCGGUACGAUUAACGGCGAGGUUCCUCGAACAUUUCCACAUCGCGUCACCCACGGCGCCGCGCUUUGCAGCAGUCUCGCUCCGCGCUGUCGCACGGGGGCUGUGUGUGGCCUGCAUCGGUGAGUGAUCUGCAUCGGUCAAUGAUCUGCAUCGGUCAAUGAUCUGCAUCGGUGAGUGAUCUGCAUCGGUGAGUGAUCUGCAUCGGUGAGUGAUCUGCAUCGGUCAGUGAUCUGCAUCGGUCAGUGAUCUGCAUCGGUGAGUGAUCUGCAUCGGUGAGUGAUCUGCAUCGGUCAGUGAUCUGCAUCGGUGAGUGAUCUGCAUCGGUGAGUGAUCUGCAUCGGUCAGUGAUCUGCAUCGGUCAGUGAUCUGCAUCGAUGAAUGACCUGAAUCGGUGAUUGACCUGAAUCGGUGAGUGGCCUUAAUCGGUGAUUGGCCUGCAUCGGUGAUUGACCUGAAUCGAUGAGUGGCCUAAAUCGGUGAUUGACCUGAAUCGGUAAUUGACCUGAAUCGAUGAUUGACCUGUAUUGGUACGAGACCUCCAUAUCGACGUGGGCCGCAUCGGUGCGGAAUCUGCGUCGCAUGCGUUCAUCUCCCUCUCUCCCCCCAUCUCACCUCCCAUUCCUCUUUCCCCCGCGUGAUCCCGACGAUGACAUUUCACGGUUCUGACCCAAACGUUUGUUCCAACUCCGGGUUUCUUACUCUGUGUUGUUGUUGUUGUUUUGUUCCUGCCGCCCUCCAUAGAACGCGUCCCAUUAAAUUAUUAUUAUUACCAUGAA